AUGGCCAUCUACAAGCCAAGGAGAGUGUUCUCUCCAGAAGCCAACCCUGCCAACACCUUGAACUUGGACUUCCAGUAUCGAGAACUACAUCCCAAAAUUGACGGGGUAGAACAGCUAAACAACAUCUUAGUCAUUGGAAUGACCAACAGACCAGAUCUGAUAGAUGAAGCUCUCCUUCGACCUGGAAGACUGGAAGUCAAAAUGGAAAUAGGCUUACCAGAUGAAAAAGGUCGACUACAAAUCCUUCACAUCCACACAGCAAGGAUGAGAGGGCAUCAGUUACUCUCUGCAGACGUAGAUAUUAAAGAGCUGGCCACAGAGACCAAGAAUUUCAGCGGUGCUGAAUUGGAGGGUCUGGUGCGAGCGGCACAAUCCACUGCUAUGAACAGACACAUAAAGGCCACUACUAAAGUUGAAGUGGACAUGGAAAAAGCAGAGAGCCUGCAGGUGACAAGGGGAGAUUUCCUCGCUUCUUUGGAGAAUGAUAUCAAACCAGCAUUUGGCACAAAACAAGAGGAUUAUGCAAGUUACAUUAUGAAUGGUAUUAUCAAAUGGGGUGAUCCAGUUACUCGAGUUCUAGAUGAUGGAGAGCUGCUGGUCCAGCAGACGAAAAACAGUGACCGCACACCAUUGGUUAGCGUCCUGUUGGAAGGCCCUCCUCACAGUGGGAAGACUGCGUUAGCUGCAAAGAUUGCAGAGGAAUCCAACUUCCCCUUCAUCAAGAUCUGUUCUCCUGAUAAGAUGAUUGGCUUUUCUGAGACAGCCAAGUGUCAGUCCAUGAAGAAGAUCCUCGAUGAUGCAUACAAAUCCCAGCUCAGUUGUGUAGUUGUGGAUGAUAUUGAGAGACUGCUUGAUUAUGUCCCUAUUGGCCCUCGAUUUUCUAAUCUGGUAUUACAGGCUCUUCUUGUGUUACUGAAAAAGGCUCCUCCUCAGGGCCGCAAGCUUCUUAUUAUUGGGACCACUAGCCGCAAAGAUGUCCUUCAGGAGAUGGAAAUGCUUACCGCUUUCAGCACCACCAUCCACGUGCCCAACAUUGCCACAGGAGAGCAGCUGUUGGAAGCUUUGGAGCUUUUGGGCAACUUCAAGGAUAAAGAACGUACCAUAAUUGCACAGCAAGUAAAAGAUAAGAAGGUCUGGAUAGGAAUCAAGAAGCUGCUAAUGUUGAUCGAGAUGUCCCUACAGAUGGAUCCUGAAUACCGUGUGAGAAAAUUCUUGGCUCUCUUAAGAGAAGAAGGAGCGUAAUCGCUCCCUUGACUUUGAAAAUGGACUUUUUGCAAACACAUAGUGACCAAGGUAAAGAUGGCCUGGGAUCGUCACUGGAUUUACUCAAGACCCUAAAUGAAGUGAAUUGUUCCCUGCCUUCAACACGUGCUCACUCUGCAUGAUCAGUGCAAUAAAAGUCCCCUCCUUGUGCU